AUGGGCACGAAUCUUUUAGGGUAUUUACCACCUCGAGAUUGGUUAUUGCCAAUGCUUGCAGUCCUUGCAUAUGUUGAUGAUGGUGUGUGGCUUAUUGAUGCAUAUGAUCGUCAUACUGGUGACGGUCCCCAUGCUUAUUAUUACGAACAUUACUUUCAUAAUAAAUUUAUGAUGGGGAUUUUUAUUAUUAAUAGUUUAAUUGAUGGUGCAGUUGUAAUUGCCAUUGGAUAUUUGAAAGGUUAUUGUCAAUAUGGUGUAAGUAUGGAGGGUGUAAGUAUGGAGUUAACUGUACGUUCAUUAUUUCAUUUAAUGUCACGAUUAGAGAUUCUAUUGAUUGUAUUAAUACCGAUAUUUACAACACAUGAUGUUAUAAGUACAAAUUCAAUAGCAUUUUUUAUUUUAUAUGAAUUUUUUGCACAGUCAUAUAACAAUCAAGAUUUAAUAUGA